GAUAACCAAGUGUUGUUCAGAUAACGUGGGCCGCUCUCCGAGUCUUCAUUAUAAUAAUAAUAAUAAUAAUAAUACUAUACAAUCUAAUAAUAUUAAUAAUAACAAUUUAUAACAACAACAUUAUUCUGUCUUGUGUAUUGCUUUCCUGUGCGUCGUGUUCGUUAGUGGCCAACAUCCGUUGCCCAUUCCUGCAUUCCUCGAGGCCAUUAUCUAUCAAUAGUUAUAUUAAUAAGACACCAAAAGCGAAUUGCAAUGCCAUAGAUUUUCUCUCGGUCGUCUAAGGGGCACAAAUUCCAAAACGUUACGACUCCAUGUUCGUCGUGACCGAAUUUCUUUCCUGUGCGGUUAUCGUGUUUGUUUAAUGCUGAACUUUAUUUUUUUUUCUAUUAUUUUAUUGCAAUUUUAUUUGUCGUUUCUGCUGUUUUUGUUUUAAAGGCGAAGAUAAGUGCGUGCGUGCGUGUGUGUUUGUAUGUGUGUGUGUGCGCGUUACAGUUCCUGCAACAGCCUAGCUUGUUAACAAAAAAUAAAGAAAAAAGAGCGAGCAAAGCCUCCGCAUACAAUUAAUCAAGAAAAUAUCAAAGAAUCACAUUCGUGACUAAUGCACUGUCAAAUGGAGCGGAGUAUAUCAGCCGGUGGCACAACGAGCCAAACAACGACAAUGGCUUCGGCAGCAGCAGCGGCACAAACAACAAAUUCUAAAGAUGGUGUCACGAUGCGGGAGAAAAAAAGUGGCGCCCUGCAAAAGCUCAAAAAGAGGCUUUCACACAGUUUCGGAAGACUAACAAUAUCCCGAGAAGACAACGAUGAUACAACACAUCAUCACCACCAUCAUCAUCAUCACCAUCAUCGAGGUGGCCAUAGUCACAAUCACGGUAAUAAAGUUCCCUACAAUGGUUAUAACUCCGAGGAGUAUUUGGAUAGACUGGAACCGAACGGUAAUAUACCAUCAGACAAAACCAACUGCAGAUAUGGAGCUCCUGAACCUGCAAAAAUUGAAAAACCAAAAGACUGGCGUAGCACGGAUGGCACCGACCACCAUGAUCGUGUCCAGAGGCAGUUGUCCGUUUCAUCCGAUAGUAAAUUGUUAGACGAUGACAUCAGAGAAGAGACACGGGUAAUAAUGCGUCCCAAGAAACCACCCAGACCCAAAUCGGAAGUAUUCCUCAACAAACAAGAUCCACAUCCGCGUCGUAAACGUUUCAGUGCAUUUGGGGGCGACUCACCGUUCGGCAGACAAGAUGCCUACGUCAAAUUGGAGCCAUUGGGCGAAGGAUCCUAUGCCACAGUAUACAGGGGUUUUAGCAAACUAACUUAUCAACGUGUUGCUCUCAAGGAGAUCAGACUGCAAGAGGAGGAAGGAGCCCCCUUCACAGCGAUACGUGAAGCAUCCCUACUCAAAGAACUGAAGCACUCAAAUAUAGUGACGCUGCACGAUAUCGUGCACACGAGGGAGACUCUGACAUUUGUAUUUGAAUAUGUGAAUACCGAUUUAUCUCAAUACAUGGAGAAGCAUCCUGGUGGCCUGGAUCACCGCAAUGUUCGGCUGUUUUUAUUUCAACUUUUGCGUGGCCUCUCCUACUGCCAUAAGCGUCGAGUAUUGCACCGAGAUGUCAAACCUCAGAAUCUGUUGAUAAGCGAUUGUGGUGAAUUGAAAUUGGCCGACUUUGGAUUGGCGCGAGCAAAGAGUGUACCCAGUCAUACGUAUUCACAUGAAGUCGUUACGUUAUGGUACCGUCCACCAGAUGUCCUCCUGGGCAGUACGGAAUAUUCGACGUCACUGGAUAUGUGGGGUGUCGGUUGUAUAUUUGUUGAGAUGGUUACUGGUAUGCCAACAUUCCCCGGUAUACGUGAUACAUACGAUCAACUGGAUAAGAUCUUCAAAAUCCUUGGUACACCUACCGAGGAGACGUGGCCAGGUGUUACACAUUUUCCUUGUUAUAAACCACAUAAAUUAGGUUUUUAUCGUCCUCACAAAUUAGGUUACAAUUUUCCUAGAAUAUAUGAUAUUGUGCAAGGUGAAGAGAUAGCGAAUGCUUUUCUCCAAUUGAACCCAGACGAAAGGAUAGGUGCCGAGGAGGCAUUGCAACAUCCAUAUUUUGCGCAGUUACCAAAAAAAUUAUAUGAAUUGCCUGAUGAAACCUCCAUAUUCACCGUGGAAGGUGUGCAGUUGUAUCCGGAAGCGCAUCGGCAGAAUAAAUGAAAAUUAAAGCAAGUCCUUUCAGUGGAUGGUGUUCGUUUCUACUGUUAGCAGUGAAUACAUAUUCAUCGCAUACAAACACAAUGACUUCAGCAAAGAGCCACGCCCACAACUCCUUCAUAAUAAUCAUAAACAACAAGAAUAGCAGCAGCAGCAGCAGCACCAACAACAAUAACAGCAACUACAGCCAUAAAAUGAUAUCUAACGAAGAAGAGUAGAAAGUGAAACUCUUAAGAAUUAUAUUUUUUGAUACAACAGUUAAUUUCUUUUUUUUUAAUUGUAUUAUUUUACUCUUCCUCCCCACCCCACAUCUUAUACAGAUACAUACAUAUAUACAUAUUUGCAUAUAUAUAUAUAUAUAUUUUUUUUAUUAUAUUUUGUUUGUUGUAAUUUUCUUUUAGUGUUAUGUUAUGUAAUGUGUUUCUGAUAUUUUUUCAACAAGAACCCAAGAUGUAUGAGAAGUUUCAAAAAACAGAAAUGUGAACAACGGACAAUGCAAAACAGAUAACUGAACUUGUAAAAGAUAGCAAAAGAGGAAAACACACACACACACACAACUUCAACGCGAAAUGAGAAAUCAUCUUUUGAAAAUGAUAAACGUAGUUUUAAGUAACUAAAAUUUAAACAAUUAUAUACAUACAUAUAUAAAUAACUAGUUUAACUAAAAAAUUUAUAAUAAAUCAACACAACUAAAACUCUUUGUAGAAGAAGAAUAAAAAAAGAAACGCCAAAAAAAAUUCGAAUGAUGAAUAUUUAGAAACCAAACAAAACAAAAUAAAAAAAAAUUAAAACAAAAAAGCAAAACAACUCGAACAACUUUAAAGAUAAAGAGAAAUUAUUAUUAAAAACUAAACAAAUACAAAACAAAAAAAAUGAAAAGAAAACAUUUUGAACACGUGCCUCCAGGUCCUCAGGUCCUUGAUGAGCGUAAGCACCAAUUAAAAAAUCACAAAACCAACAACAACAUCAAAAGUAAUCUUAAAAAUGUAACAAGAAAUCAACUAAAAGAAAAAAAACCUCAAAACACAAACAGAACUCGAGAGAAUAACACCAUUUUUAACUAAACACAACACAACACAACAAAAAAAGCCAAUAAAAAACCACAAACAAUGAUGGCAAAAUCCCAGAAAACAAAUCUAAGGCAAUAGGUUCUAAGCACUAAAGUUAAACGAAUUCAUAUAGGAAGUUACUCUCACUUUUUGGACCACUGUAUUUUGAAAUUUGGAAUCGAAAACAACACAAUCACACACACACACACACACACAUACUACACGUACAUACACCGAGAUAAAUAGGAAGCCUAUCAAGCAAGACUACACAAGCAGCAAGCCAACCCCACCACCAUCACCGCUACAUCCACCAUCUCUCAUGCAAAGGAUUUUUUUCUCCCAUACGAAAUACCGCGACUAGACUCAAAAACAUUUCUACUACUCUCUCGCUUCGCGUCCUUCUAGCCCAGAGAACCAGAGAACAAUGUUGUAAAUACAUAGAAAUUGUUUUAGAAAUAGUUCUGUUUUUUUUUUUUAUAUAUAUACAUAAAUGAAUUUUAGAUCGUGUUUCUCUGCCUUCGUCUGUCCACUGCUCCCUCUUCCAGAUGUAUUAUUUUAUUUUUUUCUUUAUUGUAUUUCUAUUUCUAUGCUUCUUUUGAUUUUAUUUGUACUCACUUUUAAAGAAACGUUUCAAUAUUUGCCAAUAAUUUAGCUUUUGUUUUAUACUUUUAAUAAUACCAUACCCAUUAAGAAAGAACAUUAAAUAUUAUUUUGUAUUAUAGCAAAUUUUAAUUAAUAAAUGAUCAACAUCUGUAUAUCAGAA